UCAGAGUCUACGUGGUGAGGUCUGGAACCACUAACCCGGUUGUACACUUAUCACCAUGGUUGGGACCCGUAGUGGGUUAGAGACUAGCCCCUAUAGUAAGGAGCAGCAAGAAAAGAUGGCCGCCUUAGUCCAAGAGAACAGGGAGAGAAAAGAGCGUGAGAAGCAAGCGAAGCUAAAGGCUAUCGCAGACGAGCAGGCGGCGAAGGUGAAGAGAUUGGAGGAGGAGAUGAAGAGAGUACAACAAGAGGAGGAAGAAAGAAGAAAACCUGCUGAAGCAGAAGCGGCAGCAGAAGAAGAGAAAGAGAGAAUGAGGAUUGAGAGUGGAGAAGGAAGCAGUGGUGGCACAAUGAAGGGGGAGACAAAUAUUGAGAUGGAGAAGAAGAUCAGCGAGUGGGUCGCUAAUUUAUCGUUGGGUGAAGAGGAGGAGGCAGAGUCCUAUGUGACUGAGGAUGAGAGGGCUGCGCUAGCCAGUGAGUUAGCAACAACGACAAAUCCGAUGGAAAGGCGAGAAAGGGAGGAGGAGCAGAAAUUGACAUGGAAGUUGAGGAUGAAGCGAGAGAAGAAGAGGAGGAGAGAGGAAGUGAGUAAAAUGACUGCAGAGGUAGCGAAGGUGCAAGCGUGCAGGCAGGAGGUGUUGGCCCAGCCGGAUGAUAAGGCCAAGUGGGACAAGGUACUGGGGUACUUGGAAGUGUUGAGCAAGGUCUGGAUGGAAGAGUGCCAGGCUAGCUGGAGCCAAGAUGUAGCCUUGAGUGCCAUGCGGUCAGGGUGUAGAAACUUUGCGCGCGAGAUCGUCACCCAUAUUGGGGGCGAAGUCAAGCAAUUGAGAGACAAUGGAGGGAAGUUUUGUGAGGGCGCCAUUCAGGGUGCCAAAGCUGUAGCCGCUGUAGAGGGAGAGGCCAGACCCCGUAAGGACCCAGUGAAACUUAAGUUCCUAGAUGCGUACGGGGGAAAGAAGGAAGAAAACUUUGACAACUGGGAAGCCAGUGUCAAUAGUUAUAUUUACUUACAACACAUCUUGAUUGAGGAACAAGUCCUCGUGGCCUUCCAGGCCCUCAAAGAUGAAGCGGCUAGUUUCGCCAGGUCUCUUGCGCGUACAGCUGGUUGUGAAAACAACGUGGUUGCAUAUUCCAAAGUCACCCCUCUUUCCCAAUUCCUCAAGCUCCUCAAGGAGCGUUUCGCUGACCCAACACGAGGCAUUAGAGCCUCUGACAAGCUGCAAACGAUCCACUCACGACAGUGGAGGAGUGCCAGGGCACUCAAGGGUACCAUGGACGACUUAGUGGCCGUCCCGGACCAUGGGGUCACUGAGACCCAGUUGGUCCAAUUGUUUUAUCGCGCCAUACCAGAGGCCCUGCGCGGGCAUUUCUUUGACAAAUCUGAACAGGCCAGCAUCACAUAUGAUGCAUUCAGUAGGGAAGUCGUCCUGUAUGAGUCAAAAUCUAUGCCAGUUACCACCUUCUGGCACAAAGGCUUGGAGAAGGGGAAAGGGUGGAAAGGGCGUACCAUCUUUGGCCAAGUCAAGGCCAAGGAUCAUAUGAUCCUUACCUUAGAGGAAGGUGGUACAGACGAGGUUCCGUAUAGUCAGAUCGAGUGGUGCCUCGAGGAUGAUGGCAGUAGUGUGGGGCAAGGGAGGUCCUAUGCUGCUGUCGCGGCUGGAGGGAGGCCGCAAGGUAGAGGAGGAUGCCAGGGCCAAAGCGGCCAGGCCAUGGGAGGCCGAGGACCGGGCGCGCAGGGGGUUGGCGGCCAAGGAAACCGCCAAGCGGGAGGUAGGGGUCAAGAGGUUGCAGGCCCGUGCCUAGCUAGCUGUCCAGAGACUGCCUGUGUUAGCGUCUCUUUAGGCACGUCCCUCACAGGUGUGGCAGAAGAGUUGAAGGAGAGAGUGUCAGCCUGGGCCAAGAUGAAGAAAGAGAGUAAAGGACAACUGAUCUUGGUAGAUGUAGAGGUGUUUAGGAGUAGAGUAGGGGCCCUCAUAGACUCAGGGGCCACCCGCAAUUAUCUUAGCCGUAGGACACUGAAGAAGCUGAAGCUAGGAUUAACAGUCCAGAAAUUGGCAGACCCCAUAGUCAGUGUCCUCACAGACAACCGCACGAUGCGAGUUGAGGACUAUGUAGAGGGAGUCCAGGCGUAUUUUCGCCUAGAGAAAGAUGGGAAGGUGGAGAAAGUUCUCCAUUCCUUGACUCUCCUCGUACAGGAUGACCUGCCUUUCGAUAUAGUGUUAGGAAUGGAUUGGGGAGAGGCAGCAGGGGCCACACUUCAUUUGAGAGAGCAUGAGUGUAGGCUCCCUAGUCCGUCAGGCGAGGUUAAGACUGCCCGCUUGUUCCAUGUGUCUGGUGUAGAUAACACCUUGGCACAUUGCUGUCUCAGUGCUCCCGCGUUCGCGCGAUUAGUCAAAAAGGAGCAGUUAGAGGAACAGGUCUUUGUAGUGUAUGUUAGACCUAUCACCGAGGGCAAGGAAGAGAUAAGUUCCACAAAUCCAACCGUAGCCAAGUUGCUGGAAGAAUUCAAAGACUUGAUUGAGUCGCCGACAGGAGUAGUGUCGCGACCCAUCCAGCACAGGAUAGAGAUAGAGCCCGACAGUAGAACUCCUAAGGGUGCAGUCUACAGAAUGUCCCCCAGGGAGUUAGAGGAGCUUCGCAAGCAGUUAGAUGAGCUCCUAGAGAAAGGUUGGAUCAGGCCCAGUUCGUCUCCUUUUGGAGCACCCGUUUUGUUUGUCCCCAAGAAGGAAGGAAAGCUGAGAAUGUGUAUAGACUAUAGGGGUUUGAAUGCGAUUACUGUAAGGAAUGUUGAGCCACUGCCCAGGAUAGACGAUCUCUUAGAUCGGCUGCAGGGUUGCAGGUAUUUCUCCAAAAUAGACUUGAAGUCCGGAUACCAUCAGAUAGAAGUCCAUCCUGAUGACCAGUUCAAGACUGCGUUCCGGACUAGAUACGGGCACUAUGAGUUCAUAGUGAUGCCCUUUGGACUAACCAACGCACCAGCUACCUUCCAGUGUUGUAUGAACGACCUGUUUAGACCGUGGUUAGAUAAGUUUGUAGUAGUCUAUCUAGAUGAUAUCCUAGUUUUUAGUAAGACCCUCCAGGAGCACCAGGGUCAUCUGAGGCAGGUCUUGGAAAAGCUACGAGAGGCUAACUUCAAGAUCAACGCAAAGAAGUGUGAGUGGGCCAAGACACAAGUUUUGUACUUGGGCCACGUGUUGGACGGAGAUGGCAUUAAGCCAGAGGACAGCAAGAUAGGGGCGAUUAGAGACUGGCCGACGCCCCGCACAUUGACAGAGUUGCGAUCGUUCCUAGGCUUAGCUAACUACUAUAGGAAGUUCGUGAGGAACUUCUCCACUAUCGCCGCCCCCUUGCGCAGACUGCUAAAGAAAGAGGCAAUCAGGCAAUGGGACAAAGACUGUACGUCUGCGCUCAAGAAGUUAAAGCGCGCGAAUCUGAGUGUUUCGUUGUCGACUGUAAAGCUGUCUGCUUUUGGAGAGUUGUGUUUGGUGGACUUGGGGUGGCUUGUACCACGGAUGAGAAGCGGCGCUGGAAAGUCGCUGCCAUUGUUGGUGUCGAGCUCAUGGUUCCAAGCUGGGCUCUCGCCAUCUGUGGAGGUUGAGGGGAGGCGUCUUGGUCCACGUGAGAUUCUGCGUGGCAAGGGAGGCGGUGUGGAAGGUGCCAAUGCGUGGGCUGGUCAUGUAACUCCACUUUGGGAUCAUACUGACCAGAGUUCGAGCUAUAGCUCCUCUGAUUUAUCCGUUAGUCAUGGCCAGUCUUCUCCAAGUGGCAUGCGGCAGAGGACAGUCGGCAAACAACCCUCCAACACAAAAAUGAUGAAGUGGCAAUUACGGCGGUUGAGAUCACACAGGGUAGUCAGAUGUGGGACACAAAGGAAAGAAUCCCUGAGCAAGGAUGUUGCUCUGGAAGAGCCUAGGGAAGAUUCUGAAGACCACAGGGAGGAUUCCAGUGGUAGCGGGGUUGGCAGUCAAAUUACAAUGGGGUGGACAGAGAGGCAAGGGAAUUUACGGGGGGGAGGUACAUGGGGAUAUGACAGCAGUGAUAGCAGCAGCAACAGGCCCGCAAGUGCUCCAGCAAGGUUGAAGAGGAACAGGGAAACAGUUAAAGGGGGCCAGUUGCCUGAUACAAGCAGAUCGACAAAACACACUGUGAAGAAGAGGAAGAAGAAGAAGAAGAAGAAGAAGCAACCUGAUGGCGUGGAUUCUAGGAGUCCAGUCUCAAAGACAAGGAGCAAGCACCCCAAGAAACGACUUUCGGCUAGUGACUGGGCUGAGGGCGGAACGAGUCCGUCCAGAAAUGUACCCCCCGUGACGCCAAGGACAUAUGCUCUACAUCAUCUGCUGAUGGAUGAAAAGGAGGAAGAGUUGCUGAGGCGAGCAAAGGAGCAGAUUGAUGUACUCCGCUAGGAGCUGCCAAAUUUUUUCUGGUCCAUUAGGGUCUGCAUCUCUGCUUAUAUCACCCAGACACGGUAGAGCCCCUGUCUGCGAUGUCGUCUGAUGUAGUUGAACAACCCUGGUGCAGAUAUGCUGAAUUCUCUGGACAGUGGACACCACUCCCCUUGCAGAUUGUGAUGUACUCCUCUACGAGCUGCCACAUUUUUUCUGGCCAAUUAGGGUCUGCAUCUCUGCUUGUAUCGCCCAGGCACCAUAGA